CAUGGCGUCCGGCCGGCUGCAGGAGAGGGAGGUCCAGCGGGAGGGGAGACGCUGCGUGGACGCCAAGCUCCUCCAAGGCAACAAAUACUCGCUGCUCGUCAUCAUUGGACGCGCGGCUCCCCACGGACACGCAGGACACGUCUGCCAACGCAUCCAGACAGGAAUUCGCUCGUGGGACGUGGACUUGAAAGACUGCGACCUCGAUGUCUACCUGCAAGAGUUCCUCUCCCAUCACACGGCCUCCUUCAAGGGUGCAGGACACAAGUGUCUGCGCCACAGCGGCCGAGUGUUGGACACUAAUAUUGUGAUCGCUCCGUCUCAGGAACAGGCCCACUCAGAGGUGUGCGCUCUGUUGUCCCGUGAAUCGUCUCACAAGCUGCUCAUCUUGGCCGGUCAGAGCGUGGAGGGCAGCGGCGACCUCGUCUUCCACCGAGGCCUUUUCUCCCCCAAACAUCUGACACAAAUACUAGCAGAGCAGGAUGAAGAUCACCUGGUCAGCCUGACUUUGUGCUGCCCCAACAACAACCCAUCCCACUGGAAGAAGACCCUCCAGCCCGGUCAGGGUCCGGUCCUUCUUCACAUCAACCCCCCGGAGGUCCUGCCUGCCAUGUCGGCCUUGGUGGAGUUCACCUCCCUCAUCUCCGGUACUCUCUACCCGUCUUCCCCGUUCGAGCUCCUGCCUCCCCCGGCCACCGUGGGCUUCCUCAAGCUGUCGCGACCCUGCUGCUACGUGUUCCCCGCCGGGCGCGGCGACUGCGCCUUCUUCGCCGUCAACGGCUUCACGAUGCUGCUGGACGGCGGCUCGGACCCGCAGGCGUGCUUCUGGAAGCUGGUCCGCCACCUGGACCGCGUCGACGCCGUCUUGCUGACGCACGUCGGCACGGAGAACCUCACCGGGGUCAACAGCUUCCUGGAGAGGAAGGUAGCAGAGGCGGAGUUGGCCUCCGAUGUCAAAGAGGACUCAUCCAAGAGGCUCAUCUCCCCAGAGCUUGGAGUUGUGUUCUUUAACGCCCCCAGCAGGUUGCAGGUGGAACAGCAGCCUUGUGUGGACAAUCUACUGAAGAGCACAGACCAGGCAGCGCUCACAGCACACCUGUUGAAAAAGUUAGAUAUCCGACCUCAGCCCAUGUUUCGACCUCAAGCGGUCCCCCCCGAGCCAAUAACCCUGUUCCAAAAGAUGGGAGUGGGACAGCUGGACUUAUACAUCCUCAGCCCCUCUAAAAACAGCCAGGAGUACCAGACGUUCAUGCAACAGUGGCCUGACUUUGAGUCACCUGGAACCCAAUCCCAAGCACUCCCCCUCAACGCCCUAGUCUCAGUGUCCGCCUUGCUCGUGUGGCACCCAGCGUGCCCCCAGGAAAAGGUGGUCCGAGUGCUGUUCCCGGGUGUCACUCCGCAGACUAAACUGCUGCAGGGUCUUGAAAAGCUGAAAACUCUGGCCUUCCUCCAGAAACCCACAGUAACCACCGGCGACCUGGAGAGGUUGGCGGAUGCGGGGAAGUCCAAAAGGGCUGAGAGUCAGGACAGCGUCCGCUCGCAAGGGAAGGAGGUUACCCCCAAACGUGGAAAAGACGCAAAGGCGAAAUUCGUCAAUGAAGACGUUGAUAAAGCCAAAAAGCAAAAAGCAACAGAGAAAAAUGGUUCCAAGAAAGCUAGUGGAAAAGAUGCGAAGAAGGAAGGAAGAACAAGCAGUCGGGAAGAGAAUGGCAUGGUGAGAAAUGGCGCAGGGAAGAAGGAGACAAUCAUCUCAAAACCAAAGAAUGACAACAAGCUCAAAAAGGAAGCAAGGAAUGACUCUAAAGCAGGGUCCAAGAAGACUAAGAAGCUACCCAGCAAGAACGUAGAUGUCAAGACCGAAUCCAAACCAGACAAUGAUGUAGCGCUAGAGUUCUCAAAGCCAGAGGACACCUGCGCUCACCAAGGACCUGACAAGACUCGCCGUGUCUCAAAAACAUCAAGCCCCGAGGACAUGACUGCUGAUUUUCUGCGCCUUCAGGAGGAAACGGAAAAAGAGGGGGCAGACUCGGCAGAUAAAGACAAUCAGACUAAUGGCAGCCCAAGAAAUGAGAAACAACUUGAAUGUUUGGCUGACAAGAGGGCUGAAAGACCGGUGCAAGACUUGGACCAGUUAGGACUCGGGAAGAAACCGACAAAGAUUGUAGGAUUCCCAUGCCCGUUGAGGGAGACGCCGAAGGACGAGGGAGACAUUAAUUUAGACCUGACCCCCACUGAGUACACCCUCCUGGACGGAGCUUUGAAGACCACCCCUCCAUCACGAUCGUCGCCUGAGAACCAGGUGCCCAUCAGCCCAGAUGAGAAGACUGUUGAGAAUGCUUCCCCUGGUUCAAGACCCAACAGUGCGGGCCACACUCCUUAUUGUCUGUCCCCUGAUGAUGUGUGGUGCAACAGAGACACUCUUAGCAGACUACAAGCCCAGCUUGAACCAACUGAAGUCACCCAGCCUAAGAACCAGCCCAGCAAUGUUGCAGAACCAACCCCCAGAGAGAAACACUUGAGUUUUCUCUCUCUGGGUCCGCUAAAAGACAUAGCCUCCGACCCGUCCCCGUCUGUAGCCAACACCACCACCACCACCUCCACCCACUCUAUGCCCGCAGAAGUCAGCUCGCCUCAGUCCACAGAAGUGGACGAGUCGCUGUCCAUGUCCUUGGAACAAGGGCCAUCCACGGGUAGUCAGAGAGAGGCGGACGACGGCGUUCAUCACCCUCACCCCAACGGAGGACACUUAUUUGGGGUGUCUCUACCCAUGAAGAAGCCCUUGAGGUCUUUGGGUUCAGAAAUGGGGCGUCCUCCGGCUCCUAGCACCCUUCACUUUGAGGUUUCUGCAGUUCACGAUGUGGACCUUUGUCUGGUAUCCCCUUGCGAGUUCAAGCAUUCUAAAGCGCCCGACUCCAGCUCAGGUGUCAGCGAAGCCUCCAGAGGCGCAUUUGGACCCCAAAAUCAUAGCAGCACCACGGGCAAAGACACGUCACCCAGCGAAACAAACGCCCCCGUCUGCAUGGAAGACUGCCCGUCCACCACAGCCGACGGGGUCCUGGACUCCGACGAAGACGAGUCGUGCGGCGGACCGCCACAGCUCCGCAGCAGUCAGGCUCUGCCCCAUGACCCACUUCCUGCCCGGCUCAGGGAUAGCCCCCCCUUGCCUCCUCAUCCUGACACCACCAUGCCUGUUCCACUGUCCGACUCUGGUGCUCACGGAAAGAAAGUCAAGUCAAGCGCAGCGCGGGGAAAAACAGCAGCUGGGGUGAUCGAGAGCUCCCAAAGAGCGAGCUCAGGGAAAAGCAAGACAGGAAGUGGCGUCCUGAGGGUCAAAAACGAUAACGUCGCAUCAUCCCGCACGUCGUCCUCCGCCAGCCGCCAACCACCAACGAAAUCCUCAGCCAAUCCAGAUCAUGUUCCAGAUCCAAAGUCUACCUCCGCUGAGGAUGCAAGUGUCUUUGUGGACCUUGCCUACGUUCCGUCGGGAGCUUCGUGCCCGACGGUCAGCGUGGAUUUCUUCAAGAGUGUACGCUCGUCCUGUUACAUCAUCAGCGGCGACUGUCCUGAGAGGGAGGAGCUUAUGAGGCGGACGCUGGACGCGCUGCUCGAUGGCAAGUCUUGCUGGCCCGAUGCCAUGCAGGUGACGCUCAUCCCCACGUUCGAGUCCGCCUCCAUGCAGGACUGGUACCAGCAGACCCUGGAGAAGCAGAAAGAGCUGGGCAUUGUGGUCCUGGGCUCCAACAGCACCGUGGCCAUGCAGGAUGAGACCUUCCCGGCCUGCAAGAUUGAGUUCUGAAUUGUGAGGAAAAUGACGUUUAGUCUCUUGAAUGACAUUUUUCAUGUUUCGUACUCGUGAUUGACUCACCUACAAAAACGCCUUGAUUUGCUUCAGUCCCAAAGCGCUCUUUUACUGACCACGCAUGAUCUUCUGGUCCUGUGACCCUGUCCUUAACCCGCGCACAUACACACACAGAUAAACACACACAAAGAGAAGGCUUGUGGUCGAGCACAUUCAGAAUAGUGAGCAUCCACGUGGUUUUAGCACCAUAAAAAAAACACUUCAAUGCGUAAUUGUGUAAAAAAUAUGUUAUGCUUUGUGCAUUUAAAUCCACAGUAUAUGGAAUAAUCACAUGGUCACUGUAUAGUUGAAUCUAUGUUGUAUGCACCUGCUUUGACAAGUUGUUCCAAACAUUGUUAUCAUCCCUUUUUCUUUUAAAGGAGAACAUUAACCGUUUAAAUGAAUCCCAAUUAAUGCUGGGAAUAUGUGGACAUUCACAAGAAUGAUUAGAUUACAUUUAAUGAUGUAGAUUAGUCUAUACAACAGCUAGCUUGUUUUUAUUAUAUUCACUUUAGUUCAGUGGGGAAAAAAACUAUUUUAAUCACUAUUUUCUUAAAUUACAAUUUAAUUAUUAUGGUUGUGAAAAUCAUUAAAUUGAAUAUAAAAUAAGAAUAAUAUAUCUUUUUUUUUUUAAUUGUCAAAAUGUUAAACUAAAAAUUGCCUGGUUGAUAUUAUUGGUUAAAAAUAAUCCGAAAGACCCACCUCCUUUUCUUUUUUCUUUUUUUUUUUUACUCCCAAGUGUCCAUUUUAAAAUGACAUUUAAUUUUUUUUUUUUAAAUCUAAAUGUUUAUCUAAAACUUGUCUUGCCAUGACAAAUAUAAUACUAUUGGUUAAAAAUAAUCCCAAAUACCCACCUUGUUUUUUUCUUUACUCCAAAGUGUCCAUUUUUUUAAUAAAACGUUUUUAUUUUUUUUAAAAAAGGUCUAAAUGUUUAUCUAAAAAUUGUCUGGUCAUGACAAAUAUAAUAUUAAUAGUUAGAAAUAAUCCCAAAUAUCUACUUUUUUAUUUUCUUCCAAGUGUCCAUUAUUUAAUUUUUGAUCAUUAUUAUUAUUUCAAAAUUAUUAAAUUAAAUGUAAAAUAAAAACAUUUGAAAUAUAGCACUUGUUAUUAAAAACAAUAAUGGUUAGACAUAAUCCCAUAUACCCACUUUAUGAAAUAAAAAAAUCCCAAGUGUCCAUUAUUUUAUUACAAUUUAUUGUUUAACAUUAUUAUUUUAAAAUUGGUAAAUUGAAUAUAAAACUAAAACAUUUGAAAUAAAGCACUUUAAUAAAAACUAAGUCAAAAUGUUUUAUUUUAAAUUGUUUGAUCAUGACAAAUAUAAUAUUAAUAGUUAGAAAUAAUCCCUACUACCUACUUUUUUAUUUUCUUCUAAGUGUCCAUUAUUUAUUUUUUUAUCAUUAUGAUUAUUUCAAAAUGUUUAAAUUAAAUAUAAAAUAAAACAAUUUGAAAUAUAGCACUUUUAAUUAAAAACAAAGUCAAAAUGUUUAAUUUGACAAAUAUAAUAAUGGUUAGAAAUAAUCCCAAAUACCUACUUUAAAAAAUAAAAAAGAAUCCAAGUGUCCAUUAUUUUAUUGCAAAUUAUUGUUUACCAGUAUUAUUUUAAAAUUAUUAAAUUGAAUAUAAAAUAAAAACAUUUGAAAUGAAGCACUUUAUUAAAAAAA